UGAGGCUACGCGGGUGCCUUUUCUUUCAGGACGAACAAUGCACUCUGCCGACGAUGAUGUUGCUGGUGUGCCGCUCCCGAAUGCAUUCGGUUUCCACUCAUGCACUACGAGCUCAAAAAACGACGCGAGUGGUUGUGGGAGCCCUUCUUUCCAAGGAGGACGCGCUAUGCCGUGCGCAUUAUCGACAGCAAUGCGUCGGAACAUAGUUGCGGCCAUUGUCGACGCAGUUCAUGAGUUGAACAUGAUGCACCUGCUGCCUCCCGAAUGGAAUCACGAAGCAGGCACCAACGCCCCAAGAGCGAACCGGAAUAAGAUCAGCGAAACGGCGGGGGACGCAAUAUUUACGAGAGACUGACGAAGCUAGACCCACACUCUUUUAUUGCGUUUGAUUCGAAGACUUCAUCUAAAUUUCUACUUCUUCCUUCUGGCAGUAAAAACAACAGCAAUAACGAUCAAUAUCAAGGACAAUUUACUAAGGGAGUACUAAAAUAGAAUCAGUAUGAAGUAUAUCUAAAUGAUUUAUUAUCGCGGAGUCUUUUAGUUUUAGUUUUAUUUUAGAUUACAACAACGGCCCUGCUUCGCCGUGUGUUCCGUAUUCCUAUUCGCUUACGAAUGCUUCCUGUCCGUCUUAUCAAUGAUUUAGCACAGUCAUGCUCAAUGAUGAAUCUAUCAUGACGUUGUAGCUGUGAGUAGCUUCAUUGAUCCCAGUGAGUUGUCUUGGGAAAUUUUUCGGGCGUUGGGAAUUCUU